AUGCGCCAACAAUCCACCAGCUACCCUACAGCUCCCAGGAGUUGUGCUUAUACAGAUGCAAUCUCCCUUCAAUCUUCGUCAGCCGCUGGUCUUGGUCUACUAAACUGUUCUGUCCCACCUGGAGGACCAUCGGUGUCCAUCUGCUCGCCAUCCCAAUCACUUCUUCAGGCUGCCCAAGGAUGGCAAGGAGAGCCAAUUGCCGGGCACUGCUUUCCAAAUACUCCUUCUAGCCUCGUUACCUACCCCGGACUCUCAGCGUACGAUAGUCUCCAAAUGAUGUCCAACACUUCAAUGCCAUCCUUCAAUGUUCCAAACAAUCAUGUCGAUACUUCUUCAGCUGGUUUCUUAAGCCCUGUUCCGUUGAUGAAAGUGGCAAGCAGCUCAACUAUCCAGUCCAACAUCUAUGCGCCUGAUAUGUCAUCCAACUACGGUGUAACUCCAAGCCCGGUUCAGUCACCACAGAUUCUUAGCGGAGAUAUAAGUGACGACUGGGAGAUAAUAGGAAACGACAAUGCGGCGAAGCAAACAUUUUUUAAUCUAGAUGACCUCCCCCCAUUCCGUCAACAGAUAGGGCCUUCUGUCCCUGCAAGGCAGCCUCGGGAACCAAGAGUACCAAUUCUCAAAUCGCAACCCUUCGUCGAGAGCCAAAAGAAACCUCGCCGUUCCCCAUUACGAUCUUCAAACUGCAACAAGUUAGUAGGCAAGCGAUCCUUUGAGCCUGCUCAGACAUCUCCUGAAGUGGAAAAACCUGCAAAGAAGAAGCGAAUGGUAGAGAAUGCGAAAUACGAAUGUGAUCAAUGCGGAAGACAGUUUACACGGAACUCAAAUUGCAAAUCACACAUGAAGAUACACGACCCCAACCGGAGAUUCCCUCACAAAUGCACAUUCGGGCAGUGUACCAAUAAGUUUAGCCGCAAGACUGACCUUAUCCGACACGUUGAUAGUGUGCAUAAAAAGCUGAAGCGGUUCGGUUGUGAAAUGUGUGGACAUCGUUUUGCUCGACAGGAUACGUUGCGACGACAUCGAGAGGAUGGCUGCCGAAGAUAUCAGCAGCACCGACAAGCUCUUCUGGAAAAGCUGCAGCAAGAACAACAGCACUAUCAUCAAGAAGAAAUUGUAGCUACCACAAUGGCACAGCCUAACCUCGAUGCCGGCCCCACCUAUCCAAUGACCUCCAUAACAUACCGUGAACCAGCUACGGCAUACACCACGCAUUCCCAGCUACAAACAGGGCUUGUCAGUCCAUAUCUAAACUCUGGUAAUGAAUCCUUCCACGACUACAUAUGA